AUGGGGAGCUUUGCUCUGUUUGUGAACCUUGAAAAGGAGCCCGGGGCCGAGCAGGCGGGCUGGGAACAGGAACGGAAAGGAACAGGACCGGACUGGCCAGGCUGGGCUUCCUCUAAGAUCACAGGCCAGUGGGUUUCUACCCUCUACUUCUCUCUGUAUGUCAUGAUGAUUUACUUCGAUAUGGAGGCCUGGGUCCUGGCGCUGCAUAAGGACAGUGAGUCUGAAUGGACCAGCCUCCUGUUGUACGUGCCCAGCAUCAUCUAUGCCAUUGUGAUCGAGAUCAUGAACCACCUCUAUCGAUAUGCUGCCGAGUUUCUAACUGCAUGGGAGAAUCACAGAUUGGAGUCUGCCUAUCAGAAUCAUCUCAUUCUGAAAGUUUUAGUGUUCAACUUUCUGAAUUGUUUCGCCUCCCUUUUCUACAUUGCCUUUGUCCUGAGGGAUAUGAAGCUUUUGCGUCAGAGCUUGGCCACUCUGCUGAUUACCUCACAGAUCAUUAACCAAGUUGUAGAAUCCCUUCUUCCAUAUUGGCUUCAAAAGAAGCAUGGGGUGCAGGUGAAGAAGAAGCUGCAGGCUCUAAAGGCAGAUAUCGAUGCUACACUCUAUGAGCAAGUCGUCCUGGAAAAAGAAAUGGUGACCUAUUUGGGCACCUUUGAUGAUUAUUUGGAACUGUUUCUGCAAUUUGGUUAUGUGAGCCUUUUCUCCUGUGUGUACCCAUUAGCAGCGGCCUUUGCUGUGUUAAAUAACUUCACUGAAGUCAAUUCAGAUGCCUUAAAAAUGUGCAGAGUCUUCAAACGUCCCUUCUCAGAACCUUCUGCCAGUAUUGGUGUAUGGCAGUUGGCCUUUGAGACAAUGAGUGUUAUAUCUGUGGUCACCAACUGCGCUCUGAUCGGAAUGUCCCCUCAAGUGAACUCAGUCUUUCCAGAUUCAAAAGUGGACCUAAUUCUGAUUGUCAUCGCCAUCGAGCAUGCGCUCCUGGCUCUGAAGUUCGUACUUGCUUUUGCCAUACCGGAUAAGCCGCACCACAUCCAGAUGAAACUAGCCAGAUUGGAAUUUGAGUCCUUGGAAGCCCUCAAGCAGCAGCAGCUGACACUCGUGGCCGAGAACCUGAAGGAGGAAGCCAGCGACCGUGGGAAAGAGCAGGCGCCCUGAGCCCACUGCCUGUCCAUCCAAAGCCUCAGCCUGCUCCAGCUGCCCCUCGUGCUCCGGCCACAAGGGGCAGGGGGCACCGUGACUCAGACCCACCACUCGAGGGCCACCCAGUCCACAGCUUCCCCACCCUCCACCCACCCCUCCUACUCCCCCACCCUCCGACUGCCCAGGCCACACUGCCCCUGGAUCCCCUCUCCACGUUGCCCCUCAAUGGGGCCACUUGCUGCCCGCGCCAAGAGCCAGGCCAGCGGAGCGGCUGGGGCAGUGGGCCAUGGGUGACCUGGGGCUGCCCUCACACCCUCUCCUGGCUCACCUGGCAGUGUGCUCACAGCUGCUUCAUCAGCGAACACCAGUAACCUCGCGAUUAAAGGCAACGUGCCCCUCUGAAAA